AACAGGAUCAUUAUACCCACAAGCCUCCAGAGAAAAGUGAUUAUAGCAGUUCACCAUCUGGGACAUCUUGGAAUGACCAAAAUAAAACAAAUGCUGAGAGAGAAGUAUUAGUUACCCUCAAUGAACAGCAUGGUAAACCAAAUCAUUGGCCAGUGCUAUGAGUACCAAUUGACCACUAAACAACACCAACAAGAACCAGGUUAAGUUACAGACAUUCCAAAGAAACCAUGGGACAUCAAAGCUGUAGACUUUUAGGGGCCUUACUCUGAUGUACAGUACAACAUGGUAGGUGUAGACAAAAGGACAAGAUACCCAGAAGUAGCAAAAACACACUCAACAGCACAACCUACAAUGGAGAAGCUCAAAACCAUGUUUGCAACCCAUGGAACAUCAAGGUUCCAACUAGAAAGUGACAAUGCACUUCCUUUUAACUCUAACGAAUUUGCUGAGUUUGCCAUCACAGAGGGAUUCCAUAACCACUGUGUCACCCCAAAACAUGCAUGUACCAAUGGAGAAGCUGAAAGUUUCAUGAAGUGUGUUCACUAGGAGUGAGCAGAUCACCCAUCUUCAAGGACAAAAUAGCAACACCGCUACCCAAGAAAUGUUGGCAGGCUAUCGCUCCACUCCACAUCCAGCAACAGGAGUAACCCCAUACGAAGCCCUCAUGAACAGACAAGUAAGAACCAAGCGAGAUGCAGAAUACAAACAACCAAAAGAUCAAAUUGAAUGCUUAAGAUAAGAACACUAAGGAGCACACCUUAAUCAUUGGAGAUCAUGUACUAAUGAAACGAAAGAAGACAAACAAAUGGUCAACAGCCUUUGAGCCAGCAUUGUACAUUGUAACCUGGGUGGAUGGUUCAAGCAUAGCGCCAUUGUACAGUGUACAAGGAGAAUAACCGAUGGCAGAGAUGUGUACCAAGAUGCAAGUCCGUUUAAACUUGCCAACGCACUGCUAGAGAAUGACCCCACCCAAGAGAUCAGAGACCAAGGAACAGAAUCAGAUCAUGCAGAUUGGAGACAGGACAUCUUCAUAAACACAGGAAAUCGC